CCAUCUGGUUUAUUAUGAUUUGAAAUUAUACAAUUUAUUUAUUUACAAAAAACAUAUGAUCCGCCGUGAGCUCUCCGUUGAUACCGAUAAAAUCAAAUGUGCACAGAGGUCGACGUGUUCAUAACAAACUACACGUUGGUCGAUCCCGACAUUUACCAGCUAUGGAUAGAUGGUCGUACAGCCAGCGAAGCCGUAGCUAUCUUAAAUCAGCAGGGCCUCGGCCAACAAACCGGCGCCUCGCUCGAGCUGAUCGCGAGCGAUGUCCUCGACCAUUAUCGUACCUAUUCACUGUUGGAGAAGCUUCUCACUCAUCCGUCGAAGUUACAGGAACAGUUGGCGUUUCAAAUUGAGCCGAAAACUCAACAAUUGUUAAUUGAGAAGUACUAUGAAUUCGACGACAACGUAGCGCGGGAAUUGCUCGGCAAGAAGCUGUCGUCGAAGCAUCGCAAGGAUCUGGACGAAAUUUGCGAGAAAACGUCCGUACCGUUAAAAUCGUGUCGGCGCCAGUUCGACAACUUGAAGCGGGUUUUCAAGAUGGUCGAAGAGAUGCCCGGCUCGCUCGUCCAGAACGUCCAAAAGUACUUCAUGCUCUCGCCGGAUUUGGCCAGCAAGUACGCGUGCAUCGUCUUCCUGGCCUGCCUAAGGUUCGAAACGUCCAAACGCAAACUGCAGAGCUUGUCGUUUCCGGCGUUGAAGCGGUGCGCCGAGCAGGUCAUGAACGAGUGGACGUACACCUCGUCAGGUACUCGUUCGCAAGAAAGCGUUUUGACUCACUCAUCGGUGUUAGCAGGUCCGGACUAUUUCGACACGGAAAUGGAUAAGGAAUUCCUGCUCGACUUACGGGAUCUGCGCGUUCUGCUCGACAAAGAGAAGGAGCACAAGAGCUUGGUUUGCGCGUGCGUGAAAUCGGCGCUCACGUCGAAAGCGUACUCGGAGGCGGAGUCGUGCUUUCGCUCGUACUCGCGUUCGAUACUCACGCUGGCGACCUCGCUGCACCGCGUGAGAGAGUUGCGCAAUCUCUUUUACGACUUUUCCGUCAUUCUCGAAAACUGGAAGCACACGAUCUGGAGUGUGAACGACUUGGAGAUUUUCCUCAAUGCGUACACUAAGUGCGCGCUGAGCCUGGACGUUUUAAAGGAAGCUGAUUUGAGACAAAAGUGGGAGCGUUACAUGACUGUUGUUAGUAAUUCCUUGGUUACGAUGUACAAAAACUGAUUAUAUUAAAAUAGCCUUGUAAAAAUU